CCUUCAAGACUCAAGAAAAAUCGAAAGAAGCGCGGUCACGUUUCCGCUGGGCAUGGUCGUAUCGGUAAACACCGAAAGCAUCCGGGAGGUCGAGGUCUUGCAGGUGGUCAACACCAUCAUCGUACCAAUAUGGAUAAAUAUCAUCCAGGUUAUUUUGGUAAAGUUGGUAUGAGACAUUUCCAUCUAACCAAGAACCAAUACUACUGCCCCAUCGUCAAUCUGGAUAAAUUAUGGACUUUGGUUUCGGAGGAAAAGAGAAAACAGUAUUCCACGAAAACCGAUGUGGUUCCCGUUAUCGACACUCUGCGUGCUGGUUACUUUAAAGUUUUGGGAAAAGGUCGUCUUCCCCAACAACCGGUAAUUGUUAAAGCGCGUUACGUAUCCAGGCGGGCUGAAGAAAAAAUAAAGAAAGUUGGCGGUGUG